UACAAACCCCCACCCUUUGCCUUACCCAGGUUAAAUACUAAAAGUUGAGCUUUGAAACAGAUAAAUCUUCAGAGCUUCAGUCUUGUAACAAGAUUUAUACACAACACGGCAAUGAAAGGAGACGCUGCCAAAGCAGGCGUCUCCAAUGGCACCAGCAAAGUCGAGGACCUGCUGACCACCUCAGAGGAAAAGAUGGAGGACCGGGGCCAGUGGAGCAACAAGUUGGAGUUUAUCCUGUCAGUUGCCGGCUCCAUCAUUGGCCUGGGCAACGUGUGGCGUUUCCCUUACCUCUGCUAUAAGAACGGAGGAGGUGCAUUCCUCAUCCCCUACCUGAUCUUCCUGUUCACCUGUGGUGUUCCUGUCUUUUUCCUGGAGACAGCCCUGGGGCAGUACACCAGUGAGGGAGGCAUUACCUGCUGGAGAAAAAUCAGUCCCUUGUUUGAAGGGCUUGGCUAUGGUACCCAGGUGAUAGUGACUUUGUUGAACUUCUACUACAUCAUUGUUCUGGCCUGGGGGAUUUUCUAUCUGGCUUUCUCCUUCUCUCAGGACCUGGCCUGGUCAUCCUGCAAUAACACCUGGAACACAGAAAACUGUGUGGAGUUUCAGAGGAGAAACACCUCAAGCAACACAACAAGCAACCUAAAUGCCACUUCUCCUGUCAUGGAAUUCUGGGAGAGAAGAGCACUGAGAAUUUCACCAGGCAUUGACCACAUGGGCUCUCUGAACUUGGACCUGGCCCUGUGUCUGUUCAUUGCCUGGGUCAUGUGCUACUUCUGCAUCUGGAAGGGAGUGAAAUCCACUGGAAAGGUGGUCUACUUCACUGCAACCUUCCCCUAUCUGAUGCUCACUGUGCUGUUGAUCAGAGGGCUCACCCUGCCUGGUGCUGCGAUAGGGAUCCAGUUCUACCUUUACCCUGACCUGGGCCGACUUGCAGACCCACAGGUGUGGAUGGAUGCUGGCACCCAGAUCUUCUUCUCCUAUGCCAUAUGUUUAGGGUCGCUGACAGCUCUUGGGAGCUAUAACAAAUACAACAAUAACUGCUACAAAGAUUGCCUUGCGCUGUGCUGUCUGAAUAGUGGCACCAGUUUCGUAGCAGGCUUUGCAAUCUUUUCCAUCCUGGGUUUCAUGUCUUAUGAACAGAAUGUGCCCAUCUCAGAAGUGGCAGAAUCAGGUCCUGGCCUGGCCUUCAUAGCUUAUCCUCGUGCUGUCACCAUGAUGCCCUUCUCUCCUUUGUGGGCAUCCCUCUUCUUUAUCAUGAUUGUUUUUCUGGGGUUGGACAGUCAGUUUGUGUGUGUUGAGAGCCUUAUGACGGCGAUAGUCGAUAUGUACCCCACUGUGUUCCGCCGUAAAAACCGCAGAGAGCUCUUCCUGCUAGCUGUCGUCCUCUUCUCCUUCCUCAUGGGUCUCAUCAUGCUGAUGGAGGGGGGCAUGUAUGUCUUCCAACUCUUUGAUUACUAUGCAGCCAGUGGUAUGUGUCUUCUCUUCAUGUCCAUCUUUGAGACUGUCUGCAUUGCAUGGGUCUAUGGUGCUGAUCGCUUCUAUGACAACAUUGAGGACAUGAUUGGCUACCGCCCAGGACCUUACAUCAAGUACUGUUGGUUGUUCUUCACCCCAGCCACUUGCAUUGGUACUUUUGCCUUCUCCCUCAUUAAAUACACUCCUCUUAAGUAUAACAAUACAUAUGUGUACCCGUGGUGGGGCUAUGUGAUUGGCUGGUUGCUUGCUCUCUCCUCCAUGGUCUGUAUUCCUCUUUGGAUGGCAUAUAAGAUCUGCACCACCCAUGGUACACUCCAAGAGCGCCUUCAGCUGCUCAUCACACCAUCUGAUGAAUUACCCAAAACCAAGAGGGAGCAGGAGAGGUUACUGGCCAUCUUUACUCCUGAGGGAGAUGCCACCAUGACUAUAAAUGGCUACUUUCCUGUCUCGGACAGAGACUCCAACUUGUGAGGCCCCAGUGGUGAUGUCUGUGGGAGAGACCUAUGGCUUUUGGUUUUGUCUUUGACUUAUUGCACCAUUUCUUCAUCCCAAAGAUCACUGCAGGAAAAGAUACAAAAAAACCAACAUGUCAUCUACUUUGAUACAUAACAUAUGAGGACGACUCUGGAGAUAAACGGACUUCAGUGUUGGGUUAUUCAGCCUUGUUCUUACAAAUGUUAUAACUUUAUAACAGUUGUUAAUUGCAUUUUCAUUUCAUUCAGUUAAAGUUAUUGUAGAAACAAAUGGGUUUCACCAAAUGUUUUGAAAUAAGCCUGAUUACAAAGAGUGAUGUUUGUGCAAAUGUUUAAGACGGCAAAAUUAAAAAUAGAACUGGUUAACUAUUUUAUAUCACUUAGAAGUGGGUACAUUACCUCUUGUGUAGCUGGCAUGACCUCCUGGCUACCUACAUGGCUAUUUGUAUCAUAUAUUAACAUAAGUCACUGAGGUCAGUUUCCUGUUUGUAUUUACAGGAACUGAAAUAAAAUAUGUUUUACAUGAUUAGCUUGUACAACCCCAAAUAGGAAAAAAGUUGGGACGGUAUGUAAAAUCAAAACUGAACAUGUCAUUUGUAAAUCACCUGUGCCCUGUAUUACAUUUAAAACAACAUCAUCAAUUUUAUUCUUUGUUCAAAAUAAAAACUCACUUUAAUUCUGAUGCUUGCAACACAUUCCGAAAAAAGCUGGGACAGUAAAAUAUUUGACACGG